AUGCCAAUGUGGCAGGAAAAUUCAAUGCUGGGACCGGCAGAUACAUUCGUCGAUUUAGAGUCUGGGAGCCCUUCUAACACUCAGCCUGGCGCCAAGACCCCGGACCCAGCCACGAAUCAAGACAAAAAGGCGGAUCAAUCGUCUACGAACAAUGUUGCUUCUCCCAAAGCCUCCCUUGAGUCGACACAUCACGAAGUCAAGGCCCAAAUACCUACUGCCCCAAUACCCAGACCGAUAAACAUCUACAGCAAAAGUGGAUUUGACGCCCUCAAGGUACUCAUGCUGGCUAUCACUCGGAAGAAUUCCCAAUUCGAUAUCGGCCAAAUCGACAUGUCAUGUUCCUUUGUCGUCUGCGAUAUUACGCUUGAAGACUGUCCUAUAGUUUACGUCUCUGACAGCUUCCAAACUCUGACGGGGUAUAGUCGACAUGAGGCUCUUGGUAGAAACUGUCGGUUUCUCCAAUCGCCAGACGGCAAGGUUGAAAGAGGUUCCCCAAGGCCAUAUGUGGAUGACGGUACUGUGUACAGCCUCAAGACAAAUGUGGAGGAGAAAAGAGAAACACAGAUAAGCAUGAUCAACUAUCGGAAGGGAGGUAAGCCAUUCUUGAACUUCCUUAGCAUUAUCCCUAUACCCUGGGAUACGGACGAGAUUCGUUACUAUGUUGGUUUUCAGAUAGACUUGAUUGAGCCUCCCACUGUAUUCGUGCCAGGAAACAUAUGGACACAGUUAUAA